AUGGAAACAGAAAAAGGGGGAAAAAUGGGGAUCGAGACGAGUUAGGGUUCUUGGCACCGAUUCGUGACUCAGAACGAAAACCCUUUUGCUAUAUCAUUCUCCUUCAUCUCCAGACGCCAUUGAUGGCUGAGAAGAAGAAAUUAUGAGUUACAGAAACGGGGAGAAAGAGGUUGAACGGUUACUUUGUUUUUUUGAUUUGUGAUUUUAUUUUGAUCAGCUAUGCGAAGAGGCAAACCGGCGGCGGCGGCGCCGGCGGCGCCGGUGAUCAAUGGAUCUGGAUCGGAAAUUAGGUUCAGAGGGGUGAGGAAGAGACCAUGGGGUAAGUUUGCUGCGGAGAUCAGAGAUCCGUGGAAGAAAGCUAGGAUUUGGCUUGGCACUUUCAAUUCUGCCGAGGAAGCUGCUCGUGCUUACGACAACGCAGCUCGGAGCCUUCGAGGAGCUAAAGCGAAGACCAAUUUUGCAUCAACUGUUACUACUGAGUUUCUAAAUCUACAGAACGGUAAUGAUCAUCAUCCGUUGUUUCAUCAGCACAGCCGGAUGUAUCAUCAUUCGUAUCAAGCGGAGCAUCAAAUUGUCGUUUCACAGAGGCCGUGUUGUAGUAGUAUGAGUAGUACUGUAGAGUCCUUCAGUGGACCCAGGCCUAUGACGACGGCUGAGGUCGUGUUUCCCCGGAGACAUCAUCCUCGAUCGCCUCCGGUACUGCCAGAUGACUGUCACAGCGAUUGCGAUUCAUCUUCGUCGGUGGUGGUUGAUGGAGACGGCAAAGGAGGUGAUAUGGGAGAUAUCGCUUCGUCAUCGUCUAGGAAACCCUCGCUACAGUUCGAUUUAAACCUGCCACCGCCGUUGGAUGAAGUUGAAUCCCCCACCAAUGAUGACCUUAUCUGCACAGCACUUCGGCUUUGACGGUCAAAUUUGCAAGUGAUAUCUCAAUCUCAUUCUAUUUUUCUGCCGGAAAAAUAACCCCCAAAAAUCCAUCAAUGAUAGACAUGAUUAACGCUUUAUUAUAAGAUCCAUAUUUCCUGUGUUAUCUGAAGUUUUUUGUCGUUUAUUUUUCUGAUCUCAUGAGUGAACAUCAGAUGUGUUGUGCUGGACAGAAAUCUCAUCUUCAUAUCGAAUGAACCCUUCAAUCUGAGUAGUCAUUGCUUUUAAUU